CUUCCCUUUCUCUUCCCAACUUCUCCCCUUCGUUUUUCUCCUUCCUGCGUGAACCCUUCCUUCAACGUCUCAACAUCUUCUCUUCACAAUGACUGAACAUCAUCGCUCCCUUGUUCGUCUACUCGAGACAUGAAAUCACAUGAGCAAGAGAAUGAGCUAUAUUGCCGUCUCUGAGUCUCCAAGCCCAAGCUGGACGAGAUGAAUGACGAAUGUGUCAAUGCUGUCUUGCUCAGUAUGACGAGCAGAAACCCGUUUCAGUUCCUGAUGCCUUUUUGGACAAGGAAUGGCCUCUCGGAGACUUGACCUCUGCAAGUCGACAUUGUGCUCUCAUGUCGAGCUGACUUGCAAAUGGACUGAGUUGAAAAGAAAGGCCCACCUCCCACAGGACUAGUCAACACGCCUUUAUUUCAGCAACGAAAAGAAGGCUUCCGAGGCUCAGCACCGUAACUGCCCAAUACUCCUAUCCUGUGCACUAUCCUCAUGGGUGCUACUCAUAGAGCGACAGAGGACGAACUCCUUAGGAUGCGAAGGCACUGAGAUGGUCCUCCAAAUCCCACAGCGAUGGAAAAAUGGAAGAAAAAUCUUCUGGAGUCAAUAGGUGGAGCACAAAAAUGUCGAUUUUUCUUCCAUUUUUCAUCGCUGCCUGCCUCUCUCAAACCCCCUCUUACUCACACCCUCACCCUCACCCUCUUCCUCAAUCUCUCUCUCUCUCUCUCCCCCUCACACACCCUCACCUUCUCUCACACACACCCUCUUCUUCUCCCUCACCCUCUCUCUCACCCUUUUGUUCACACUUCCUUCUCACCCCUCUUUUCUGUGACCGUACCUGAUGGCAAGUACCCAUAUGUCAGGACAGGUUGUAGCGUGAUCCGAUAUUUAAACCGUAAACUUUCAGCUCUCUCUUCCUGAUAGGAUAUAAACUUGAAAUCAAUCCCCUGGUUCAUGCAAUUCUUACUGUACUGCACCAAGCUUAACUUUUCAUGAUGCAAACUAGGGAGAAGGGAAAGCAACGCGACGUAGAAGGCAUUUCUAGUGGCUUCUGAUUUGGUCAAUUACUAUGGACAACUUGCGCGAAGACGGAAAUCUCUCGCUCUCAUCGGUAUUACUCAUCCAUAUUCGAAGUGGCUGACGACGUCAAACGGUUGGACCCAAUGUUAGUUGUUUUCGAAAGCUAAUGUCACUCGCACAUUCGAUCUACAAAAGUGGAAUACGGUGCGACACGAGCAGGAUGAGUAGAGUAUUGACUGAGACCUCGCCUUAGUCUGCCUAAUUAGCGUUGGCACAGCCAUAGUUACAGUACACAAUGAAAGGACUCAAAAAAUCUACUACUCAAUGCAGCAUCCAAUGAUGCCGUACAGUCGAAAUGACAAGACAACAUCGCAGCAUUUUUUAACCAAGCGAUUACGCCCCGCUUCAGGAGCUGGGUCACAUUUGACGUAGAGACCGUGGUGUUUUCUGGACUUCAACAACCACUCAGCCCACAUAGAGAAGUACCUCACUCUCGCCGUGCCUCUAUCUUUUAAAAGCCGCUUCCCGAACUCCUGGUCUCAUGGAAGUCAGUCAUUGUCCCCCCAUCGUUGGAACUCAUACACCAAAUCGAAAACGUCUUGACUGCGGUUCCUUUACAGGAGCAGAUAUGGAAUCUUCCGUCCAUCCCGGUGCAACCCCUGAUAGCUUGAAAGAGCUUUGGAAUUCAUUCGAGAGAGCAUGCAUGGAGUCUGUCACCGAACCGCCGACGGAUAUCGUCGACAGAGUGGCUGCUACACUAGAAGACGCCAUAUCCUGGUUAUGUUCCCAUAGUCCCCAAGUUUUCCUGCCGCGACACAGAGGCGACAGCAACUGUCAAGGUCCAAAGUUGAGCUCGUCGCAGCUACCGCCGAGAUUGUUAUGCAAAGUAUCACCUGAAAACAUUUUCACUGAAGAAGCUACAGAAGCAGGUCGUCUCGACUUCACCAGGAUUGCAUCCUUUGCCUGCCGGAUCUCCUUUGACCCAGCCGUUCACAGGCUCCAUGGACGAGAUUGAUCCUCCAUUGCCGGAAGACCCCAUAUGGUCGACGUUGUACCAAUCAGAACAAGUUCCGCUGAAGCGAGAAAAUAACCAAGAUCCCUUCGAAACAGGCGGAGGCCCAGCGCCACGAGAAAAUGUUCAUAUGGAACGAGUUUUCCGGAAAAGCACGCCAGUGUUGAGGCACUCGAUCACGCACAAUUCGACCACGCACAAUUCAGGUUCACCUAAUGCUGGACCUGUUGCCGUUUCUCGCUCGACUGCAACCUGUUAUGCGGCUGGCGAAUCACGUGAAGCUCGCGAUUCUGGUGGCAGUCCCGUUUUGGCAGGACCGAAUGCCGGUCAAGUGUGCUCGACGGGGGUAGAACACCCUGGUUGGUCACCGCAAAAUGCCGCUUGUAUCGUGCCGCAGUCAGGAUGUCAGGAGAGCGGACAACGAGCAGGAAGACUGUCUCGGAGGGAAGGGGUUGAUGAUUAUGACAACGACAUGGUCAAUGAAGAGGACGUGCGCGGCACACGUUCCGCGAAUGGAAGGAAAAGAACAUGUGCAAAUCGAACUGUUCAAUUCCCACGAAAGAAGGCGAAAGUGGAGCACACUCCAGAAGGAUUGGCCCAGCGUUUCGGGACGAACAAUCGGGGUGCGCUCAUCUCUACCUUAAAAGAAGAGUGGCAAGAUAUUACUUCGCAACUUUUACCGGAUAUGGACACGACCGCGUCGAUUGGCAUGUCUCAACGCCACGACGUACCAAGCUUCGUCAACUUUGUCCUACAACAGGGUCGUUUACUGGAAAGGAACUCGCUGAGAGCCGAAGUCCAAAGCUUGAAGAAUCGAAUAGACCUUGCACAUUACUAUCAGCUUUAUGUGGCCGCCUCCAACGAUACCCGGAAAAGCGCCGACUCUCCCUUCUUGGCCUGGAUGCGGGAGUGGUAUCGACGACAUGGCAGUUCACCGUCCCUAGCGAUGGGCCAAGGCAAGGGCGCGUCCACAGUGGUCAAGGAUUGUCUUGUCGACCUCCAUCUCUCCGAUUCAAGAUUUAAGGGUGUGCCCCCACGAAGCAUGAGGCGCAGAGUCGAAAAAUGGCGUGCCAUUGGGGGAUUUUGGUCCAAGCUGAUCGAAGGCUUUGGACCUGGCAUGUUACUUCUGGCCCCUUCCUGCGAGCCAGACUCCCGAUAUGAUUUCGGUGAACCUGGACGAAGAGCCUUCCUGACAGCUCUCACCCAGCGGAGGAGUGCCUUCGACGCAAUUUUACCUGAAGCUAACCAAUUCAUGAACCAAAAGUUUCGCCACCAAUUUGUGCCUGUGUCUAUAGACACAUCAUUCCCAAGUUUUUCACACUGGCAGACGAUGGACAAGGACAUCAGCAGGAUGAUUAGAAGAAACUUUGAGCCCUGCUCAGAGGUCGGCUCUGAAAUCGCCGAUAUGAUUUUAGGGUCUCGUCAAGGUGGACAUCGCACCAUGACCACGGCACGAUAGAUCUAGUUUUACAGUAACUUCUGCGUAUUCAAGGCGGAUCAAAGGCUUCUGUAGAUGAAGAAUGAAGGUUAAGCACAAGGCGAACAAGACAAAGUAUUCAAUUCUAGAGUACGUUUUGUACCUGCUGCCAAGUUACUUCCAUUUACCUAGAGCCAGACAGGAAUUCGCAGUCAGCAGCCGAAAAAUUCACUCUUUAGGCCUGUACAUUAUUCUAUCCACAUUGAGACAUUAAAA